CAUUAGCAUGAGAUGUGUAAACAUAUUAUAUCUGCCUAUACAUGAUAGAAUAACGAUAAACAGUUGGCCAUCAGGGCACAACUCCAACAAUCUCCCACUUGCACUAUGGCCAAUCUGGCAUCGGUCUAAUGCCCAUGGACCUAGUGUGACCCUCAUGCUUUAGCUUUCCUAGGGGAUCGGCUAUGUUGUCGUCAGUAUCUACUUUGCAAAUCAUCACAUCUCCUCUAUCUACGAUUUCUCGUAUGAUGUGAUAGCGUCGUACAAUGUGUUUGGUUUUCUGGUGAGAUCGCGGUUCCUUUGCCUGUGCAAUGGCCCCAGUGUUGUCGCAAAACAACGAGAUAGGGUCAUUAAUACUAGGAACCACUNCAGUUGGCCAUCAGGGCACAACUCCAACAAUCUCCCACUUGCACUAUGGCCAAUCUGGCAUCGGUCUAAUGCCCAUGGACCUAGUGUGACCCUCAUGCUUUAGCUUUCCUAAAGGCUUGGUCAGGGGAUCGGCUAUGUUGUCGUCAGUAUCUACUUUGCAAAUCAUCACAUCUCCUCUAUCUACGAUUUCUCGUAUGAUGUGAUAGCGUCGUACAAUGUGUUUGGUUUUCUGGUGAGAUCGCGGUUCCUUUGCCUGUGCAAUGGCCCCAGUGUUGUCGCAAAACAACGAGAUAGGGUCAUUAAUACUAGGAACCACUUCAAAAAAGUCAAUGGGUUGCACCAGCUCCAAGCUCGACGACUUGCCGGCGGUGGCCCUCUGCCGGGAGCGUUGCGCUUUCUUGGACGAAGCCAUCCACCAGCGCUACGCCAUGGCCGAGGCUCACGUAGCUUAUCUUCACUCCCUUAAAUCAGUCGGUGCCUCGCUGCACCGUCUCUUCAAUCUGGAUCUCGAUGCUUCUUUUUCUUCUUCCGAUGGACCCCCCUCCUCUCCCCCUCUCAAAGCCGACAUCAAGCCCCCUCACCCUCACGCUGCCGUUUAUCACCACCACUCCAGCUCUGGCUCCCACCUUCACUUCCACUCCGAUUCAGAAGAAGACGACCAAGACGACGAAUGUUCCCAUAGCGACUCUUUGCACCACCACCACCACCAAUCUGAGACCCCCUAUGCGGCUGACGAUCCUGACGCCCUUUAUUCUUCUUCCCCUCUUGCCUCCACUUCCGGUACAUUUAUGCACAUGAAUUUCAUGCGGAACCAAUCCACGCCCUCUGUUACUUAUCAACAGCGGCCCAUGGCGGCAGACACUGUGCGCAUGGGUGACAUCUCUUCGUCUUCUCCUUCUUCCUCUUACCACCCUCAUCCCAACCCCAGCCUCAUUUCUUCUUUCUACAAUUAUGCUGGUGGUGGUUUCUUUGGCGCUUCCCAGCCCGUGCACAGAUCAUCUCAGCCUGCUUCAUCUGCUUCCAAGCAAACUCCACCCCCACCCCCACCCCCAACUGGCUCCGCUUGGGAUUUUUUGAAUCCUUUCGAGAGUGUUGAUAAUUUUUACCGUCCCUACUCGCCAAGCCGGGAUUCUAGGGAGGUGAGGGAGGAGGAGGGAAUUCCUGAUCUGGAAGAAGAUGAUUCUGAGCAGGAGGUUGUGAAGAAAGUCCAUGUGGAUCACAAGUUUGUGGAUGGGGGUAGACACCAUGGCGGGAGCUAUUCGAAUAAGGUUGCCUCAAAGGAUGAGGAUGACAAGCCGAGUGAUCCGGAAUCUCUUUACCAGGGGGCUAGACCAACUGUAUCUGCGCAGAACGAUCCCGUCGAAUAUGAGGUGCAUGUCGUGGAUAAGAAAGUGGUUGACGAUCCAGGGACAUCAGAGGAUCACAAAAAUGUGCGAGGGUUCACGGCUCGAGGAUGUUUCAAUGGAGACUCGGAUGUCAUGAGGGAGAUUCAGCUUCAAUUUGAACGAGCAUCGGAAUCCGGCAGCGAACUGGCUAAGAUUCUAGAGGUUGGAAAGCUACCCUACAACCGCAAACACUCUGCCUAUCAAGCUUCUUCCAAGAUGUUGCACGCAUUUACUCCUUCCUUGUUUGUGUUGUCAUCACAACCUUCUACAUCAAAAGGUGCCGGAGGUGACAAGUCUGAUCCUGCUUUAUUUAAUGUAGAAGGAGAAGUAAGUUCUUUAAGGUCCAAAAGUCUUUCUUCUACCUUACAAAAGCUCUAUCUUUGGGAGAAGAAACUCUAUGAAGAAGUUAAGGUUGAGGAGAAAAUGCGGGUAAUUCAUGAUAAGAAAAGUCAAAGAUUGAAGCGACUAGCUGAAAAGGGUGCUGAGACUCACAGAGUAGAUGUGACAAGAACUCUGGUUAAGAGCCUUUCAACAAAAAUCCGAAUUGCAAUUCAAAUUGUUGAUAAGAUUUCUGAGAAGAUAAAUAAAUUGAGGGAUGAAGAGUUGUGGCCACAACUUAAUGAAUUCAUACUAGGGUUAACCAAAAUGUGGAAAUCCAUGCUUGAGUGCCAUCAGAAUCAGUGCCAUGCGAUUGUGGAAGCCAAACGAUUAGAUGCCAUUGCAAAUAAAAAACAGUUUAGUGAUGCUCAUCUGGAAGCCACUUUGCACCUUGAGCACAAUCUCCUAAACUGGACUCUAAGGUUCUCUUGCUGGAUAAGUGCCCAGCGAGGUUAUAUCAGAGCACUGAAUCACUGGCUUAUGAAAUGCCUACUUUACGUUCCUGAAGAAACACCUGAUGGAAUAGUUCCAUUCUCUCCUGGUAGAAUAGGUGCUCCCCCUGUGUUUGUUAUCUGUAAUCACUGGGCACAAUCGUUGGAUAGGGUGUCUGAGAAAGAAGUUGUAGACAGUAUGCGUGAUUUUGCCACAAAUGUCCUUCACAUGUGGGAAUGAGAUAAGCAAGAAAUGCGCCAUAGGGUGAUGAAUGAUAAUAAUAUGGAGAGAAAGAUGAAGAACCUUGAAAGGGAGGAUCAGAAGAUAAAAAAAGGGAUUUCCGCAUUAGAAAGAAAGAUUUUGGCUUCUGGGGAGGAAAAUGCUCUGUCGAUGAUGAGCAAGCAGGCCAUUUACCAGAAUGACACUUGCAAAAAUAGUAGCCUUCAGGCUGGUCUACAUCAUAUCUUUGAGGCCAUGGAGAGAUUUGCUGCAAACUGCUUGAAAGUGUACGAGGAGUUGUUGCAGCGCAUUGAAGAAGAUAAUCUUGUGCAUGAGCACAACAGAGAGUCAUAGCUAUAUGUAUGCCUUCAGAAGAGUUUGGAAAUACCAUUUUUUGGGUAUCAAAGUAACUUCAGCAGAUGCUUUCAUUGUAAACCAAAUGGAGUGUUGUAACUCUUGUCUUUUUUCGGCUAACUAUAUCAUAUCAUGGGUGCCUGGCAGCUUGGUCUUUUUUUUAUUCCUUUCCUUUCAGCUGCUUGCCUGAAGAAUUGGUUUGAUCCUCAGGUCUUCAAUCAUGAGUUCCCUUCAUUGGUUCACAAGCAGUGGCAUGCACACUUUUGGACGGGCCAGGGAAGUUUUUCCUACAAAAUUUGAAACUAGCCAAACAUGAACAGAACUUCCCAGCCUGAUGAAUACAGCUCCCUCCCUACCUGAAUGCAACUCCACCAGGGGUUUUCUUCUUCCGAACUCCCCUAUGGUCGCGUGUGUUGCUAAAUUUGUUUCAUGUAAUUGAAACGUAAAGCUUUCCUUUCGAGUAGGGUCAAGAUUCAGUUUAUAAUUUUCUGGCUUAUUGAACUUGUACAGUUUUUUUUAAUUAGCUAACUGAAACAUCUUUAGCGAUUUAUAAUUUUUAUGUAAUAAUAUGCGUUAGUAAUUUAGAGCCUAGUUAUAAUGUCUUACAAAUGUACUCCUCCGUAGGUUGGUUGGGCUCAAGAAGCAUAUAUGAAAAUAAAGUUGGGAUGCUUUG